AUGGCUUCAAUGCUACCGGAUGGUUGGAACAGUUAUUACGUUGGAAUUGGAAAGGUUGGUGAAGGGGUGUAUGGUACCGUCUACAAGGCUAUCGAUAAGCGUGGAGGAAAUACAGUUUCAGUCAAGAAGGUCCGAAUGACUUCAACGUUUGAGAAUGGCGUACCAUCUGCAUUGAUACGAGAAAUAACAUUGCUUAAAUUACUGCAUCAUCCAAACAUCGUUUCCCUUGAAGACGUAAUAAUGAGCGACGAUCAAAUAUAUCUGGUAUUUGAAUUUGUUAGUGUGAAUCUGAAGUCUUAUAUCAGCAAAAUUCCUGAUAACAAGUGGAUGGAUAAAGCUGAGCAGAAGUCGUAUUUGUACCAGAUCCUCCAAGCUAUCUAUUAUUGCCACCAGAGAAAUAUUCUGCAUUGUGAUUUAAAACCUCAGAAUUUAUUUGUUGACCAGAAAGAUUGCCUUAAACUUGCUGAGUUCCGUUUUUAUGAAGCAGUUAACACGUCAGGAAGAUACUGUACGCAGGAGGUUUGUACUCAGUUUUAUAAAGCUCCGGAAUUACUAUUUGGUUGGACCUGUUACACAUCGGCAGUAGACAUGUGGAGCAUCGGAUGCAUUGCUGCUGAAAUGGCUGUAAAGCAAGCACUGUUUCCUCCGGGUGAUUCGAAUAUUGAUCAAAUUUUUCGCAUUUUUAGAAUUCUGUCGACUCCAUGCGAGGAAACAUUACGAGAAUUUACAAAUAUGCCGAACUGUUCCGAAACAUUUCCUAAGUGGAAGAAUAACCAUCUUGAUGAAAUUCUUAAUCGCUUUAUGGAUGCUAAUGGCAUUAAGAUUGUGCAGAAAAUGCUGACUUAUGAGCCGGCGAAACGAAUUUCUGCGGAAGAGCUUUUGAAAGACCCAUACUUCGCUGAUGUCGAUCGAACAAAGCUUCCAACUAGCGAGUAUUAA